AUGGGCUUGCGCACUGUCUUCAAGUUAGGGAUACUUGGCCUCGCAACCGCUGAAUCCUCUGUCGUCUCUCUGUAUCUGUGGGAUGCCGAUCCCCAGCCGUUGGCUGCGUCGGUCGUGGCAGCGGGUACCCUGACUGCUGUCUGCACCAUAGCGGUGCCCACUGAAACAAGCUCUCGAACAUUGACAUCCACCUUGCAUAAAACUGCUGUUACUGUCACCGCUGGUCCGUCCGUGACAAUGACGCAAGCUUCAGCUACUGACACUGGUGCUGAAGGUAGUACCACGUUUCAUACGUCAGAUGUGCUGUCCGAUGCAUCGACCGCGCCUGUCAGCACUGGAGGUUUGCCUCAAAUUACUGCGAGGGCUGGACUUGCCCUUGGCGCAGCUGUAGCUUUGGUGGCUGGGGGUUUGUAA